AUGUAUUCCAGACCCCACGCGGCUGAAAGCCAAGCUCUAUCGCAGAGACUGUACGUCAGACCAAGCACUGGAUGCAUCUUCAGGCCCGUGUUGUGUAGUAUCGGCUUCUCUGAACGGGCAUCAGACCAGGGUGUAUCUGCAGCUGCCAGGUGGAGGCGUUUUUUUUCUUCAAGCCUCGGCGGCUCUGUUCAACGUGAGCUCGGAAUUUGA